UAGUGUUAUGGAGGCGUUUAGGGCGAAAUGCGAUAAGUGAGCCAACCUGCGCAAACAGUCCGGCUCCGACUGGCUGGUCACUCAGCGAGCCGAGAGGCCACUCAGCACGAUCGAAAGGACGAUCGUGCUCUCUUGGAUUAAGGCGGCCGAGCGGGACGGUCACACACAAAAAGGGCUUAGGAUUAAUAAAUUAUAUAUUACUGUUUUGUUUUUAAUAAGUACAACGUCGUUUUAGCAAAGCCCCACAAAUAUCACAAAAGUGGCGACGAGAAAAGUUAAUGUGAUCGUUUCGUGUUGUAAAGUGCUGACCAAAUUUUAAUUCGUUUUUUGUUCGUUUUCUUCCGUGUCCCGCUCACACACAUACACCCACACAAUUGCGCCACCACGUCCCAAGAAGCGCAAGAUGAACCCCGCUGAUGCAACGAUGGAUUUACCGACGGAGGAGGAGCAGCGACGUGCAUCCUUAGGCCGGCCGGGAUUUUUCAACCCGGCGGUGAUGCAGCAACCCGGAGCAUCGCAGCCGCACGUUCCCUCCGUGCACGAAGUAGCGUUCCAUCAUCAGGUGUCCCCAAAUGGGCACCUCUAUCCGCCAUCGCAAUUGGGACCCGCAUCAGCGCCGCCGGUAUCAGCGCCAUCGCAAUUUGUGCAACCGCCAUCGCAAACGGGCUCAGCUGUAGUGGAUAACGCCGUACUCCUACAAACGCUGAAAAUGAUGCAGCAACAAAUGACCCAGCAACAGCAGCUUAUUAGUAAAAUAAUGUCCCAGCAAACAAACCAGCCCGCAUUUACGCCAAAUUUCAAUCCAGAGCAAGCAACGGAAGCAUUAGCCAAUUCGAUUAUGGAAUUUCGGUUCGAUCCUGAAGCUGGCAUCACCUUUAGAACAUGGUUUUCCCGGUACGAGGAGCUGUUCAACGAGGAUGCUUGUCGGUUAAGUGAUGCAGCAAAAGUGCGACUUCUUUUAAGGAAGCUAGGUGCAGCCGAGCAUGAUCGGUAUUUGUCGUUUAUCCUGCCCCUACGUUCAAGUGAAUUUUCAUUCAAGGAGACGAUCGCGAAGCUCGCUGUGCUGUUCGACGUGCAGGAAUCCUUGAUAAGCAAAAGGUACAAGUGUUUGCAGCUUACAAGGAAACCUGAAGAGGAUCUGCUUACCUACGCAUGUCGGGUAAAUAAAUCAUGCGUAGAGUUCGAGCUCAGCAAGCUCGACGAGGAACAGCUAAAGUGCCUCUUAUUCGUUUGUGGAUUAAGAGAAGAACGAGACGUCGAAGUGCGAACCAGAUUGUUGGCGAAAAUCGAGGAUCGAGAGCAGAUUACGUUGCAGCAACUGUCAGAGGAAUGUAGUCGCAUUGCCGCGCUAAAAAGAGACAGCGCAAUGAUUCAAGAAAAUGAACGGCAAGUACUCGCAUUGCAUAACAAUAACAAAAAAUUUAACAAUCAUACUAAAGCUAAAAAUUCGAGUUUUCAGCACCGGCAAUUCCCCAGAAGAAAUAAUGUCCAAAGAUAUGAUAAGCAGCGUCCUCCCGCACGGAACACCCAUCCCAGUCGACCAUGCUGGCUUUGUGGCGACAGACAUUGGGUGCAAUAUUGUGGCUAUAAAUCGCACAAGUGCCAAGAUUGCGGACGAAUAGGACAUCGGGAAGGCCACUGCAAUACCGCGAACCAAAAAGGAAAAUUUCGUCAGAGCCCAUCGGUGGAGACACGUAUCGUCACGGUGAAUGCAUGUGCCGUCGCGGUAAACCAAUGGAUGGAGAUGGAUAACCGGUACGGUUCUGAAGCGACAAGGUAGAGUCAUGUACGUGGUCAGGACGGCUGAUGGAAAGAUCAUUCGACGGCAUAUUCAUCAGCUACGUCGGCGAACGCAAGAAGAAUCUUCAACAGUAGUUCAGCCUCGCUUACCUCUAGAUGUUUUGCUUGAAGCUUGGAAUUUGGAUCGCGUACAAAGUCCACCUGCACCUGCACCGUCACCACCAGCAGACUUACCGUUACCUUCAAGCAUCAGCGACCACCAAACGGUACCGGUGCUUCCUCCUGCUACGUCCACACAAACAUUUGGAAAAACAACAACUGCACGUCCCAGAAGGCUGUAUCAGGUACAGGAACCACGACGCUCUUCUCGCAAUAGAAGAUUGCCCAGUCGGUUCGAUGUGUACCGUCUAUUUUAAGAGAGGGAGAUGUUAUGGAGGCGUUUAGGGCGAAAUGCGAUAAGUGAGCCAACCUGCGCAAACAGUCCGGCUCCGACUGGCUGGUCACUCAGCGAGCCGAGAGGCCACUCAGCACGAUCGAAAGGACGAUCGUGCUCUCUUGGAUUAAGGCGGCCGAGCGGGACGGUCACACACAAAAAGGGCUUAGGAUUAAUAAAUUAUAUAUUACUGUUUUGUUUUUAAUAAG